ACUCGAGACUUCAGUCAGUGAGAGUGCGUUGUAGAUGGCACAAGCCAAGCGGGUUUGCUGCUCCCGUGGCAGCGUAAACGGGGUGGCUUUGCUCAAGGACCCGAGUCCUUGCAGCCCCGACACCCUUUUAGACAUCACGGCUAAAAAAGUGGCCGAAACAAUCCCUUUUCAACGUAUAGAGGAGCGUUAUGACCGUAUACCCGAACCUGUGCAGAGACGUAUUAUUUUUUGGUCGUUUCCUCGAAAUGAACGUGAUAUUUGUAUGUACUCAUCGUUGUCGCAAGUGCCCCCAGUGAAUUCGAGUGCCGAGCCACAGAAUCUGUCUUUCUGCAAAGGAUUAAAACUGCUUGAGACCGGUUGUGUGGAUAACGUCUUGCAAGUUGGUUUCCACCUGAGUGGAGUUGUUUCGGCUUGCAGAAGUUCGCCACCGCCUACCCUGCCUUGUGGGGGCUUAGAGCCUCCUCAAAAAUUUAAAGUUGCCGUCAGUUUCGAUAGGUGUAAAAUUACGUCAGUAACAUGUAGCUGUGAAACUAGAGAUAUAUUUUGGUGUCAGCAUGUGGUAGCAUUAUCACUUUAUCGUAUAAGAAAUGCAGACAGUGUUAGGCUUCGUGUUCCUAUAUCAGAAACGCUUUUACAAAUGGACAGGCAGCAAUUGCAAAAAUUUGUACAGUACCUGAUCUCAGAACAUCAUACUGAAGUGCUUCCAACAGCCCAAAAAUUGGCUGAUGAAAUUCUCCAGCAAAGAUCCGAAAUAAACCAAAUUCCAGGAGCUCCAGAUCCAACGGCAGGGGCAUCGGCGGACGAUGACCAUACCUGGCAUCUAGAUGAAGAGCAAGUCUGUGAGCAAGUGAAAUCGUAUCUCUCUCAGGGAGCAUACUAUAAUGCAAAUAAACAGCUCAAUUCGUUGUUCUCUAAGGUGAGAGAAAUGUUGAGAGCGCAAGAUUCCAAUGGUGCCAGAAUGUUAACUCUUAUCACUGAACAGUUCCUAUCAGAUCCCAGACUACAGAUGUGGAAAAAUCAAGGAACUCCAAUGACUGAUAAAUGUAGACAACUUUGGGAUCAACUCGGUUCGUUAUGGGUUUGUAUAGUCCUAAAUCCCAAUUGUACAAAUAAUGAAAAACAACAGUGGAAAACAUUACUCGAAAAAUGGACUCGAAUUGAUGUUUGCCCUCCUGAAGAUCCAGAUUUUCGAUUGCAGCAAGUCAAUCACCAUUCACAUAGAGAUUCGUAUAGGGAUCGAGACCGUGACAGGGGCUACUUUCAUGACAGAGAUAGAGAUAGGUAUGCUGACAGGGAAAGAGAUCGACGCGACAGGAGGGAUAGGGACAGAGAAAGGGAGAGAGAUAGGAACAGAGCUCUGUAUGAUUCAUCAGAAAGCUCUGAUGACGAUGAAGACUAUGGCCCGGUGAAUAAAAGGUUGAGAACUGGGAACAACUCCAAAUCCGCAUCCCUUCCCAGAACCAUUUUUCACAGAGCAUUGGACGCAGUGGGCAUGUCAUGGGAUAACAUGCACUUGAAGAAUAUCUUGUACAGCGAUACCUACUGCUCCCACGUUCCGGAUACGACAAAUUUGGGAAGCUUCAACUCCCAAGGACAACCCCUUUGGAAUGAAUCUAUUCCUCUGUGUGCAGCCAGAGUCGAUUCCUUAAAGUCACACGGGCACAAUGAAGCUGCCCUGAGGUUGACCGUUUCUGUGGUAAGAACUAUGAAACAACAACAACUCGUUGCACAGCGGAGAUGGCAUGAAAGUCAACAAAAUGCCAGUUCCAGCAGUAGUAAGGCGGACGCAAGUUGUAAAACGACAGCUUGCACAUCCAGAUGUAAUGGAUUUUGCAAUGCCAAUGCCUGUAGUACCACCUCGAUUAACGCUCCCGUGAAUACGGAGAUGUGGGUGGGGCAUCCUUUAGAUCCUAUUGGGUGUCUGUUUGACACACUGGCAGACGCUUCAGUUCUUCCUGAUGAUCACACGAGGUCGCCAUCUUUUUUAGAAAUUUUAGGAAUGGACGAUGAUAGCAUCAGACCCAGAUAUCAUCAUGUACCUGUGGUAGGCUCCAGGGAUAGAUCUGAAACAUACCUAACUCUUGCUUUUGAGAUUGCCCUCAUAGGUUUGGGCCAACAGCGGAUUAUGCCAGUCGGGUUAUAUGCACAGGAGAAAGCGUGCAAACAACAAGAACAGUUAAUUUUGAAAUUGCAAGAUAUCGAACAGGACAACUCCUUGGUGGCUGUGCUUAGAAGACAGGCGAUAAUUCUUCUCGAGGGCGGUCCUACCAGCGGACUCGGCAUUGGAAUCCACCCUGAAAGUAUUCCAAUGCAUACAUUCGCGCGUUUCAUGUUCCUAUCCUUAUUGAACUACUAUCCGGAUUUGGCCUAUGAGGUAGGCUUGAGGGCUAUGCGAUUGCCCAUUCUUGAAGAACACGAAGAUUCAGAUGACCCUUUAGGAGGAAAUCCUGGAAAUUCUUUGAUGAUGGGUAGAUCUCCUAGGUGGUUCACUUUGGGACACAUUGAGACCCAACAGUGCGCUCUAAGCUCCACCAUGUUGAGUGCAGCAAAAGGCGAGGUUCUCCGAUUGCGAACUGUUCUGGAAUCAUCUCAGAGACACAUACACAGUUCCUCACAUCUGUUCCGACUGGCGCAGGACGCUUUUCGUUUCGCUACGCCCGAAAACGGUCCUAGACAUCCCACCCUGCUCAGCGUAGCUUUCGAACUGGGCCUCCAGGUUAUGAGGAUGACCCUAUCGUCGCUGAAUUGGCGUCGAAGAGAGAUGGUCAGGUGGUUGGUUACUUGCGCCACGGAAGUCGGCAUGGACGCCCUGAUGUCGAUAAUGCAGAAUUGGUAUCAGUUCUUCACGGCAACAGAGGCUACGGGUCCAGUUGCCACGACGAUUAUGUCACACAGUACAAUCAUGAGACUCAAUUUGAGCUUCACCCAACAAGAGGAGCUUUCCAGCUGUGCGAGAAAUCUGGCCUUGCAGUGUGCCACAAAAGACCCCCCAAAUUGUGCCUUGAAUGCCUUAACCCUUUGUGAAAAUGAGGCACUGUCUUUCGAGACAGCCUAUCAGAUAGUUGUAGAUGCUGCAUCCCAUAUCAUGACGUCUUCUCAAUUAUUUACCAUAGCAAGGUACAUGGAACAUCGAGGUUAUCCCACAAGAGCUUAUAAGCUGGCGAUGUUGGCCAUGAAAAAUGUACAUUUAGCCUAUAACCAAGAAAGCCAUCCUGCUAUUAAUGAUAUUCAUUGGGCUUGUGCAUUGAGUCACUCGCUUGGCAAAAAUGAGUUGUCGAACAUGAUUCCUCUACUUGUGAAAAAUGUGCAAUGUGCAAAUGUCCUAUCUGACAUAUUGAGAAGAUGCAGUAUGACAGCACCUGGAAUGUCUUGUCCGCAUCCUGCUCCUCUGGAUACUGGAAAGCAUUCAAGCCAUUCCCAUAGAAGUAGGAGCUGCGCACCCGCUGCUAUAAAACCAUUAUCGUACGAUAGGCCCCCUCUUCGUCAAUUGUUGGAAGCAGCUGUCGCUGCCUACAUAAAUACUACACACUCAAGACUUACCCAUAUAUCUCCAAGACACUAUGGUGAUUUCAUAGAUUUUCUAACUAAGGCCCGGGAUACAUUUUUACUAGCACACGAUGGUCACGCUCAGUUCACUCAGUUGAUCGAGAACAUGAAGGUAGCGUACAAGGGUAAGAAGAAGCUGAUGUUUCUUGUAAAAGAACGGUUUGGCUGAUGUUUGCCUAGAAGGGGCCAUUGUUGGCUGCGAAAUUGACAUUUGGGGUGAUAUUUUACUGUGUAUAUUUGGAAACAAUUGAUGCGUCCGGAAAAGGUAUAGUUAAUGACCUGUUCAGAAAUUUUGAUUCACUUGGUACUUCUCGCCUUUAAAAUAAAAAAAAAUAUAAUGAUAAAUGAAAAAUUAUAUCAUGAGUUAUAUGAACAUCUUGUUGCAUGUUAUAAUUUCAUGAAAUCAGAAUGACUGGUUAGAUUUGAUCUUUUAAAAAUUGGCAGGAGUACCAUCUGAAAUUCAACAGUGAAUCUGCUAUUAUUCUUGCCUGAUAAAUGCAAAACUCAAUGAUAGUGCCUGAAUGAUGGAAUAACUUAUGUUUGUAUUGUGCAAAUCAAAUCCACUAAAUAUAAGCCACAAAAAUACUUUUGAUUCUCAUGAAUCAUUUGCACACUCGGAUAUCUUAUCGGACAAUAUUCAAUAUAUAUGAGAUUGACUUAACUACGUACUAUUUAUUUUGAUCCUAUUUAUUUUUAUUCAAUUAAUUAUUUGAUUGAAGAGACUGAUGUAAAGGAAAAUGUUAGGAAUAAUUUCGAAAUGAAGUCAAAUUUCGAACAAUCGAUCCAAGAUCUCAUGCUCUCUUAGGGAGUUCAAUGUUUUAUUAGUAUUAUUUUAUUAUUCAACGCAUCUAUUACUCUUUUGUUAAGGUUAUAUAUUAUGUAUUUGAUUCUGUACUUUUGUUAUGACGAUUCCCACAUUCUAAGUUACAUUUUGUUGAAGAAUUCCAAACACUACAAUAUUUGCUCUCCAAAAAAAGGUUUUUUGUUAUUCAUGUCCCAUUUAAAAAAAUUAUCCCAACAAUAUCUUAUUCGAAAAUAACGAUUAAGAUCUAAAAUUUCGAAAAUGUUGUGAGGAAUUCAAUUUUGAAAUUACUUCUUUUUGCGUUCAUCUUGAUUUACAAUUUUUUUAAAUUGUUUCAAUUUUCAUUUAACCAAAGAUUGUUGUUUAUACAAGUUAGUAUUUAUGUAUAUAUUAUAAAUAUAUUAGGUACAUAGAAAUUAAACAUGAUAAAAGAAAUGCUUCUCUGUAUGAAAUUACUGAGCGAAAGUAACGGAAUAAUAUACAGAUGAUCCAUUUGUUCUCAAAUUAUCUUUUAUUACUAUUUUCAAUAUUUUGUUAUAUGAGUUGUGUUAUCCAAAUGGAUUGUUUAGUAUGUUAACUUCCUCUUCGUAAUAAAGUUACAAAGGUGAAUGCUUCCUGUUGUAUGUAAAAACAGUAUAGUAAUAUUAAGUACAAAUAAUUGACAAACGGUUGACCAAGGCAUUAAGCAUUGUCUGCUGUCAUUCCAUAAGCUACCUCCCUAGCUGAUAUGCUGCAAAAAAAAAACAAAUCAGGGAAUGGUCCUUUGAGUGUUGAAACUUUUCAUUUGGAAGCUGAAGAAAGCUGUGUACUCCAUAAAAACCAGGUUCACUGCAGCAUCUCUUCAAGAACAUAAUGCAAAUUUUUUUUGUUGCUAUGUUCAAACUAAUCAAUCAAAAUGGAUGAAGUAAUCAAUUUUGUAUUAAAAAUGAAGGCAAUACUAGUAUAAAUUUGUAAUCCACCCUCUAUUUGCUGAAUGCUGCCUCCAAAACACAUCCAGAUUUUGAUUUAAAUGGUCUGUGAUUAUCUCAUAUUAAUUUUUGUCCAGUGCCACAAUAAUUUGGCUGUCUCCGGUUUUCAGUUGUUUUAGUUGGAAAAUCCUAGUUUUAAUAUUUGUAAAUAUUAAAUUCGCCAAAUUGGUACAUGUUCCAUUCCAAUAAUAUAAUUUUUAUAUUCAUUGUUGUCCUGUGUUUGUGUAUACUUAGGAAAAUGUACAUAUUGCCAAAAAUACAAAUAUUUGUAAUUAAAA